AUGGAUGCGAAUAUGGUUUCCGUUAAAGAUUCUGCAGAGCUCUCCGCUCAACAGGCCCUGGCUAAAAUCACUAUCCCCAAUCAGGAUGACAUCAGGGGCUUCAUCACGCUACCAACGGCCAUUAAAGAAGGUUCAGAAACAUUCAAAAUUACUUGGACGUCGUCCAAUCCUGGCAUUGUAUCCGACAAACCAAAUGGUCAAACCGCAGCUGGGGUGGUGCAGAGACCGCCCCCUGGUGCUGAACCAGCACAAAUUACAUUGACAGCAAGUAUCGAAAACACUCUUCCCUACCCGUCGCAAAAGAAAAACACCACCAAGAUCAUAAAUCGAGAAUUCCACCUCACUAUUCAGCCUUCGGUCCAGUUGGCACCGUUUUCGCGCUACGGGAUGGUGAACUUUGCGCUUUCCAACUGCGACCGGGGUCAGCAGAUCUACAUGGCAUAUUCUAUCGGCAACGACCCAACACGAUGGAAGGCCGCCAACAACGGACAUGUAGUUCUCACCUCUACCAAAGGGAUGCACGCGGUCCGAGACCCUUCCCUCGUCCGCUCCCUAGAAGGGGACAAGUUCUACCUCCUCGCGACAGACCUCAACGUGGACGGGACGGAGCAUGGCUGGCGUGGCUGGGACUGGGCCCAAAGCGGUGCAAGCCGAUACAUAGAGAUCUGGGAGUCUCGGGAUCUACGCACCUGGUCGGAGCAACGCCACGUGCUUGUCGGACCGCCGGAGGCGAGCAUGGUUUUCGCCCCUGAAGCUAUCUGGGAUCCGGAAAUAGGCGCCUACGUUGUCUUCUGGACAUCAUCGAUGUACCCAGCGGACACAUAUUUCACAGAGGACGUCGAAGAUCCAAAGCGCCGCUACCCACUGACUCGGAACCAGACGCUCUACGCGACAACACGCGAUUUUGUCACUUUCUCCCCGGCGAAGAUCAUGAGCGGGCGAGAGAACCACGGCACCCUCGAUGCCUGUAUGGUCCUGGAAGAAGAGACGGGCUACUAUCACCGCUUCGUGUGUGACCGGAUCUCUACGGGCGUCGGCGUAACCCGGUAUGCGGGUCCCUACCCAGCCGAUGAUAUCUACCAGGAACGAUCAAAACGGGUCCUCGCGCCGGAGAAGGACUGGGAACUUGUCGCGAGUUGCAUCACGCACAAACUCAUGAAAACGGCCUACGCCGAGGCACCGCUCGCGUUUCGUGGAAACCCAGGCGAUUCGCGAGGCGGAUACUAUUUUUUCUCCGAUCAGAUCUGGGCUGAAUCUCCGGCAGGUAAGCCUCUGGAGGAACAGUUGCACCCGUACUGGACGGAGGACCUUAGCUUGGGCCAGUGGAUGGCACUUGAAUGGACGCAAAAACCGGAGUAUGAUGGCUGCAGAGGUGUGAUGCGGCAUGGAACCAUUGUUAACUUGACCUGUGCAGAGCAUGCGGCUCUCCGUGGCGUGGAGCUGGUUUCGUUAUCUGUACAGCAGACAUCCCAUGAAGGGUUUACUGGUGCUGUUAAAGAGGGGUUCGACGCACCUGAUUUGAUGGUGACAGCAGUUUACAGUGACGGUUCGACUGAUGUGCUGGGCAAGGGUUAUGGUGGGUAUGUGUUGUCUGAUUUGGGAACUUGCUCAAGUACAUCUGGAAAACCCUUGUUGGAUGUAGACUGUGGGAAGUGA